UAGUAUUUUACCUUUGAGUAACUGUCCCCAGCUGCAGUGCUGCAGGCACAUUGUUCCCGGGCCUCUGUGGUGCUCCGAUGCCCCUCACCCACUGUCGAAGAUCCCCGGUGGGCGAGGGGGUAGCAGGGAUCCUUCUCUUUCAGCUCUGAUCUAUAAGGACGAGAAGAUCACUGUUAACCAAGAUGUCCCAGUGCACGAAGGGAAGCCUCAUAUUGUCCACUUCCAGUACAAGGUCACCGAGGUGAAGACCUCCUCCUGGGAUGCAGUGCUCUCUAAUCAGAGCCUCUUUGUGGAAAUCCCUGAUGGAUUAUUAGCUGAUGGAAGCAAAGAAGGGUUAUCAGCACUGCUGGAGUUCGCCGAAGAAAAAAUGAAACUAAACUACGUCUUUAUUUGCUUCAGAAAAAGCAGAGAAGAUAGAGCUCCACUCCUGAAGACAUUCAGCUUCCUGGGCUUUGAAAUCGUGAGGCCUGGCCACCCCUCUGUCCCAUCACGGCCAGACGUGAUGUUCAUGGUGUACCCCCUGGAUCAGAACUCUUCCUCUGAUGAAGAUUAGCUGUAGCAGGGGGACUCCAGCGUGACCUGACAAUGCUGUGGAGGGGCGAGAAGGCUCCAUCUCCUUUCUUGAGGAAAGGGAAACCAAGCUUCUGUUGGACUGAACCUACAUUUCUCAUUGUUAGAUUGGCCUUUGUAUCCUCAGAGUUGACUAUCUCGUUGAAACGUGUUGCCUAGAGAACUAUAUAUACACACAUGUAAUCACCAAAUAGUAAAUGGAAGAUGUUUCUGACCUGGC